GAAAUUGAAUUGAAUAGAACUAUUCUGAUGGUAUUUAGAAUUAAUUUACAUUUCAGGAUAAAUCAUUUCUCCAAAGCUGUGUUAUCCAGUGCAGUAUAUCAAUAGCGCUUGCAAACUACAUUACGUGCUAUAAAUAAUUAUAAGUGAUUUGUUUAUUUUACAGAACAAUAUUUGUGUUUAAUACAGUCACUGAAAGAUUCUAAAACGCAGUGUACAAUCAUGACUUGGCCAUAUAACACCGUGUCUCCUUAUCACACUCCCCAUCAUCCGUUCAACUUUCCUGUGCACCCUUAUCCAUACCCGUACGGCUACCAUCGUAAACAACGUCGAGAAAGGACGACGUUCACAAAGGGACAAUUAGAAAUAUUGGAAAAUCUGUUUCGUGAAACAAAAUAUCCAGAUGUAUUCAUGCGUGAAGAUGUAGCACGAAGGAUUUCUCUCCCUGAAUCUCGCGUCCAGGUGUGGUUUAAGAACAGACGUGCAAAACAUCGCCAAAAAACAAGAAAGUCGCCAGCAAUUUCUCAAUCUACAAACAGUGACUCAGAUUCAGAAAAAGGCAGGAACUCGCCAGAUGAAGUCAGAUCACCAACAAUAGAAACUGGAAAAGCGUCAAGUGAAACGCUAUCAAAGAUUGAAAACAAUCAAUCAGAAACAACAGAAUAUAAAUCACAAUGCUCGUACAACAGUACCUAUCAUCUACCACAACCGAACAUUUUACCUAAUUCUUACCCUCCCCUUGAAAGAGCACCAUCUUAUUCGAAUUAUCUACCUUCGUAUCAAUCUCCACCUCGUCCAUACAACCCUGAACCUUAUUGCCCAUAUUCUCAAUCUCGACAAUUGUAUCAUCAGUCUCAUGCACACCCACAUUCAGUUCAAGAGUAUCCACUAUGUGCGGUUGACGUGCAUGGACCACCCCCAAUUAGUCCAAGUUGGGGCGGAUAUGGACCAUCUAUUUAGUAGAUGUGCAAAGACUGUAAAUAUGGGCACCAGCUGCUGGAAUAAAUAGAGGCUUAGAAGUUGUUGCUAUGACAAUUAUACUAUUACGUCACAUGAUGAUGUCACUUAAGACUGAAAUGUUUUGUUUAAAAAUAAUGUAUUAUUUAUUUAUUUUAGUUACUUACUGUAAAUAUUAGUUUCUUUUACGUAGCUUUAAGUAACUGAACGAGCCAGUGUUGCACUGGCUUACAUCAUGUACGUUAUGUUGCAUCGCAUCGACAAAUAUUUCGUUUGUCAGUAUGUUUCAAGAUUCUUUUACAAUUGAAUCUUUUUCUUAUUUAGUAUUGUAUAUAUUUUUACCUAUAUUGUUGCAAGACAAGAAGAAAGGUACAUUAAAUGUUUAA